AUUGUCCCCCCCCGUUUCCAAGAGGCAAUGGUUUAAUCUGUUAAUAAUAUGCAGGCAGCUUCCUCUUGCUAAAGCCAAUCCCGUCAUGUUUCCUCGCGGCUGGUAGAGUUGGUUUUUUCCUCUUUUGUUCCUCCCCGUCCGGAGGUGGACUUGGUUUCGUCCGCCCCGCUCCCCUUCCCUGUGGGGCCACAGCUUGUUCCUGCUGUUGCGGUGGGCGGCAUGGCGCUCUCCCUUGCAGCUUCUGGCGGUGGGCUGCAGGGUUUUCUUUCGCAGCUGCACGACACCCUUCAGAACUCAGACCCCGGCAGCGCCGCGCUCCACGGCUGCGGUUUAAUUCGCUCUUUAGCGGAGUCGUGUGUCAUUAGCAGUGGAGACGACAUCCUGGCCUUGCAGAUUUCACUGGUGUUUUCUAAAGAAAAUGGACUACUAUCAUUUAUUCGUAAGUCGCUGAAAGUUGAAGAUUUUAGAGAAUGCAGAGAAGAAGCAUUAAAAUUUAUUCUUGCCUUUGUGGAAAAGAUUGGCCCCAAAGUUCAGCCUUAUGCACAAGAUGUGAAGGGGAUAUGUGUUACUGUUUAUACAAAAGACAGAUCAGCAAAAUGUGGAAUCCCAGCUCUAGAGCUACUGAUCAAGCUGCUUCAAAAGUUACCGAAAGCAAUGGAAUGCAUGAAGAUUGGAGAAAUCUUUAACAAAUUUUAUGGAGAAAUUGCUAUAAAAAGCAAAGUGCCUGAUACAGUGUUGGAAAGGAUUUAUGAGCUCUUGGGAGUCUUGGGUGAAGUUCAACCUAGUGAAAUGAUUGACAAUUCUGAAAAACUGUUCCGCGCUUAUCUGCUAGAAUUAAAAGUACAGAUGACUUCUGCAACAAAGCAACCUAAGUUCCCUAUUGUAGCAGGGUGCCUGAAAGGACUGACUGCACUUAUGAAUAAUUUUACCAAAUCCAUGGAUGAAGAUCCCCGAACAUCAAAAGAGAUCUUUGAUUUUGCAGUGAAGGCAAUAAGUCCAAAGAUUGAUUUAAAAAGAUAUGCAGUGCCUCUUGCUGGUCUACAUUUAUUCAGUAAGCACGCUGUUCAGUUCAGCACUUGUCUUUUAGACAAUUAUGCCUCCUUGUUUCAAACAAUGUCCAAAUGGUGUGGCCAUCAAAAUGCAGAAGUCAAGAAAGCUGGUCAUUCGGCGUUGGAUUCAUUUCUUAAACAGAUUUCAUCAAUGGUUGCCAAAGAUGUUGAAAUGCAUAAGAGCAAGUUACACUUCUUUAUGGAAGAAUUUUAUGGUAUCAUCAGAAAUACGGAUGCCAGCAACAAAGAACUCUCCAUUGCUAUUCGUGGUUAUGGACUAUUUGCAGCGCCUUGUAAAGUUAUCAGUCCAAAGGAAGUUGAUGUCAUGUAUGUGGAACUCCUUCAGCGCUGUAAGCAAAUGUAUCUAACUGAGGCAGAAACAAUUGAUGAUCAUGUGUAUCAGCUCCCAAGCUUUCUUCAAUCCAUUGCAAGUGUUAUAUUCCACUUGGACACUAUUCCAGAGAUAUACACUCCAGUUCUUGAACGUCUUAUGAUAGUUCAAAUAGAUAACUUCCCGCAAUAUAGUGCCAAGAUGCAAACAGCAUGUUGUUGGUCUAUUGUGAAAGUAUUUUUGGCUUUGGCAGCAAAAGGCCCGGUACUGUGGAGUUUUAUGAGCACUGUCGUGCAUCAGGGUUUAAUCAGAAUUUGUUCAAAACCACUGGUCUUUUCAAUGGAUUUUUUGGGGAAGAAUAUUUCCACAUCAGAAGAAUCAAAUUCAUCUGGAGAAGUAAGGACUGGGAAAUGGAAAGUGCCUACAUAUAAGGAUUACCUGGAUCUCUUUAGAACCUUACUUAGUUGCGAUACAAUGAAGGACAUGCUGUUGGCAGAUGAAGCCUGUUUAACUGAAAAUUCACCACUACAGUCUCUAAAUCAUCUGUUAUAUGAUGAACUCAUUAAAUCUGUCAUAAAAAUAAUUGGUAAACUGGAUCUUACUGUUCAGAAACAGAAUAUUAAGGAAGAGAAGGAUGGAAGUGAAGGGGAUGCCCAUCUGACAAUUCCUACCUCUGAUCCAGCUGCAAACCUUCAGCCAUCUAAGCCUAAAGACUAUUCAGCCUUCAUUAACUUAGUGGAAUUUUGCAGAGAGAUCCUCCCAGACAAGCAUAUUAAAUAUUUUGAACCAUGGAUUUAUUCAUUUGGCUAUGAACUGAUUUUACAGGCCACACAUUUAUCUUUUAUUAGUGGAUUUUAUAAGCUGCUUUCCAUUGCGAUGAAAAUUGCAAAGAAGACUAAAUAUUUUGCGGAUGUCAGUCCAGAGAGUACGAAAAAAUGUCCUGAAGACCCAGAGAAGUGUUCCUGUUUUGCAUUAUUUUCCAAAUUUGGAAAAGAGGUAACUGCAAAAAUGAAGCAGUACAAAGAUGAAUUAUUGGCAUCUUGUCUGACUUUUGUGCUUUCUCUGCCAUAUAACAUCAUUAUGCUUGAUAUCAAAGCAUACAUUCCUGCUUUACAGAAUGCUUUUAAACUGGGUCUUAGCUACACUCCAAUGGCUGAUGUGGCACUGGACGCACUGGAGGACUGGUCAGCCCACAUUCCCAGAUACACUAUUCAACCUUAUUACAAAGACAUUGUGCCUUGCCUUGAUGGUUAUUUGAAAACUUCUGCAUCAGCAGGUGAAUCUCAGAAUAAUUUGGAAGUGAAGAAACUUUCCAAAGCCAUCCAGAAAGGAAUGAACAAAGUAGUUAUUCAGCAUCUCAAAAAAUCAAAGAAUAUUGAAUUGGAGGAAGAUCCGUCUUUAGAAGCAGUAAGAGCUAGAGUUGUACGCCUUCUUGGAACUUUGGGAGGACAAAUCAAUCGGAAUUUAAUUACAGCUGCUUCUGCAGAGGAAAAGAUGAAAAAAUUUGUAUCCUGGGAUAUAGAGAAGCAUCUGAAUUUUGCAGUUCCAUUUGCUGAUAUGAAGCCUAUUAUAUACUUGGAUUUAUUCUUGCCUCGGGUCACUGAAUUGGCUCUUUGUGCUAGCGACAGACAAACCAAGGUUGCAGCUUGUGAACUGUUGCACAGCAUAGUUAUGUUCAUGCUGGGAAAAGCUUCUCAAAUACCUGAAGGUCACGAGAAUUCCCCACCAAUGUUUCAUUUGUAUAAACGUAUGUUUCCUGUACUGCUUCGACUUGCUUGUGAUGUUGACCAGGUUACAAGACAACUCUAUGGCACUUUAGUAAUGGAAUUAAUUCAUUGGUUCACAAACAAUAAAAAGUUUGAAAGCCAAGACACUGUUACACUACUGGAAGCAAUUUUGGAUGGGAUAGUGGAUCCUGUAGACAGUACUUUGAGGGACUUUUGUGGUCAGUGUGUCCAUGAAUUUUUGAAAUGGUCCAUUAAGCAAACUACUCCACAGCAGCAAGAGAAAAGUCCAGUGAACACCAAAUCUCUUUUUAAGAGGCUGUACAGCCUUGCUCUCCACCCUAAUGCUUUCAAACGGCUAGGAGCUGCCCUUGCUUUCAACAACAUUUACCGAGAGUUUAGAGAAGAGAAUGCUCUGGUGGACCAGUUUGUUUUUGAAGCAUUGGUUGUAUAUCUGGAAAGUCUGGCCUUGACACAUGGAGAUGAGAAGUCUUUAGGUACAAUUCAACAAUGCUGUGAUGCUAUUGAACACCUCAAGCGUAUCAUUAAGCAUAAAGCAUCUACUUUGAACAAAAAAAACACUCGGAGAUUACCUCGGGGAUUUCCAUCUAGAUAUAUUUGUUUAGAGGAUGUUGUCAUGUGGCUUUUGAAACAGUGUGGACAACCCCAAACUGAAUGCCGGCACAAAGUCAUGGAACUAUUAUUUGAAUUUGUUCCAUUAUUGCCAGGAAACCCAUCUCCAUCUUCAUGGUUGGGCAAUGUUCUCCAGAAAGAAGGAAUCUAUUUUCUCAUAAAGAAAUUUGAAGGAGGAGGAUGUGAGGGUGAAAAUGUCUCUGGAAUCUUAUCUCAUCCAACCCUCUAUGAGUUGCAAGGGAGUUUUAGUUUGCGAGCUGUUGAACAAUGGAUGGAUAUGCUUCUAGCUGCCUUAGACUGUUACAAUACCUUUAUUGAACAGGGAAUGAUAAAACCAAGUGAGACCUUAGCUACAAACACAGGGUCUUCAUUUUUAAAAUCAUUGGAGUUCUUCCUUGGUAAAAUUGCCUUGUACAAUAUAUCUGGUGCAGAGCAAUGUUUUAGCAGUGCAUCCAAAGAUGAUACGUUGUUGAGCCCACAAGAAAUAGAAGAAUACAAUUACAGCAAAUGUACAAUUAUAGUUCGGAUUAUGGUUUUUGGCAGCAUGAUUUUGGAGACUCACCAGCAACAUUUAUGGAAGAUGCUUGAGAAAGAGCUGCUUAAUGAGAAUCUAAUAAAACUUGUUGUGAAAACCAUUUGUGACCCAAAAAGCGUAGGCUUUAAUAUAGUUGAUGUACAAGUUAUGGAAAAUCUCCCAAAUAUUUGUGUGAGGCUAGUAAAAGCUUUAAUGAACUCUCCCUAUAAUGAAUCUUUAGAGAAUCGUAUCAAAGAAAUAAUAACCAUGCAAAGCGUUGAAGAGCUUUGCACUGUUGAUUUGUACAAUCCAGAAGCCCGGCUGGAUCACAUUAGAUACGUAUCCAUUCUUUCUGCCUGCAGACAGCUUCACAAGGCUAAUGUAUUGCACUGUAUCUUGCAAUAUAAGGGUGCAGAUCUUCAUUUUGAAACUGGUUCUAAGCUCCUUUUAGUAGUGUACAAAGGUAUUGCACCAGGAGAUGAAAGAAGGUCCCUUCCUUCGUUAAACAUCAGCAGUAAACAAUUAGCUGAAGGACUUCUGCAUUUGGCUUUUGCUUUUGGUGUUCGGUGCACAGAGCUGGUGAGCCUCUUGUUGAAUACAUUGAUGUUAUCUGUACCAUUGUCUGGAGCAGCCCAAGAAAGUCUUAUCAACUUUUCUCAUGGAGAAUAUUUCUACAGUCUCUUCUUAGAAAUCAUUAACCGGGAGUUGUUGAAAAAUCUGGAAAUUGCUGUACUUGAGCUUAUGAAAUCAGCUUUAGAUAGCCCCAAAAUGGUUAGUACAGUUUUGAAUGGUAUAUUGGAUCAAAGCUUUAAAGACCGUUCUACUUGCAAACAACAAGGAGUAAAACUAGUAGCUGCUAUUUUAAAAAAUUGGGGACAUCUUGAUCACUGGUGGGCCAAAGAUGCUUCUCCUGAGAGCAAAAUGUCUGUUUUGACCCUAUUGGCUAAAGUUCUGCAGAUUGACUCUUCAGUGUCAUUUACUCAUCAUGAGGCAUUUCCCCAUGUUUUUAAUACAUACACAAGUCUGCUUGUUGACCAGAAAUUGGGUCUAAAUCUCAAGAGUCAAGCAAUUAUUAUUCUGCCAUUCUUCACUAAACUUGUCGGAGAAGGACUUUGUAGUCUUAAGCAUGCACUUGAUAAAUUUGUAGCAUAUAAUUUCCCUUCGACAUCAGAUGAGUUUCCUAAGAGAACUUUAAAGUACAAUAACUAUGUGGACUGCGUAAAAAAAUUUUUAGAUGCACUAGAACUAUCCCAGAAUUCUACAUUGUUGGAGCUGAUGACAGAAAUUCUUUGUAGGGACCAUAAGCAUAUAAUGGAGGAAUUAUUUGAGAUUAACUUCAAAAGAAUUGCCAAAAGGGGCAGCUGUGAAAAGCAAGUGCUGUUGUUGGAUACUGUGCAUCAGAUGUUCCAGAGUGAAACCCAUUGCUCAAAUACAACCCGACAAGCUUAUGUAGAUCGAUGUCUUCUCAUUCUGUUGCUUCACUGCAGUUUAGAUGCAUUGAAACAAUUUCUAAGUAAGAUUAUCAUAGAAGCUAUGGAUACACUGAAGUCCAGGUUUACAAAGUCAAAUGAAACUUCUUUUGAAACCCAGCUAAUCAAGAAAAUAAGCUAUUACAAGAUUCUAGAAGUUAUGUACUCCCGUCUGUCUAAAGAAGAUGUAUAUUCUAAAGAUUCUGAAAUUAACCACGCUUUUCAGCCUUCUACCCAUGUAGAAGGGAAUGAACUUACAAAAACACUUAUAAAGUCCUGUUAUGAUGCCUUUACAGAAAACAUGUCGGGUGAAACACAGUUGUUGGAAAAGAGGAGGCAGUUUCAUUGUGCUGCAUAUAAUUGUGCCAUUGCAGUUAUCAGCCAUGUCUUCAAUGAAAGUAAAUUCUAUCAAGGUUUUCUGUUCACUGAAAAACCAGACAAAAAUCUGCUUAUUUUUGAAAAUUUAUUAGACUUGCAGCAUCGCUAUUCAUUUCCCAUAGAGAUUGAGGUUCCUCUGGAAAAGAAAAAACGCUAUAUAACCAUUAGGAAAGAAGCCAGACAAACAAUGAGUGGGGAUUCAGCUGAACCACACUAUUUAGCAUCUGCAUCAUAUAUGGUAGAUAGCAGUUUAAGUGAAGAAAUGAGUCAAUUUGAUUUCUCAACUGGAAUGCAGAGUUUUUCAUACAGCUCUGAAGAUCCUACCAGUUCUGAUUCUCACGUCAGGAAAAAGGAGAUUACAGAUACUGAGGUUCCAGAUGAUGUGAUGGAGUUAGAAAUGGAUGAGCUCAAUCAACACGAGUGCAUGGCUUCUAUGACAACCCUACUCAAACAUAUGCAUAGAAAUAAUAUCACACCAGUAGUAGAAAAAGGUACAAAUGCACCUGAACUUCCUCCAUGGAUGAAAUUUUUGCACAGCAAACUGGGAAACUCUACUGUUCCUCUAAAUAUCCGUCUCUUUGUAGCAAAACUCAUUGUGAACACAGAGGAAGUUUUCCAGCCUUAUGCAAAGUGGUGGCUGGGUCCUUUACUGCAGCUGGUCGUUUCUGGAGAUAAUGGAGGAGGUGGAAUACAUUACAUGGUGGUGGAGAUAGUGGUCACUCUGCUUUCAUGGACUAAUGUGGCAACUCCUAAUGGCAACAUAAAGGAUGAAAUCUUGGCAAACAGGUUGUUGGAGUUCCUAAUGAAAAAUGUGUUUCAUCAGAAAAGAGCAGUAUUUAGACAUAACCUGGAAAUAAUCAAGACAGUAAUAGAGUGCUGGAAGGAGUGUCUGACCAUACCUUACAGGAUAAUAUUUCAACAAUUUUCUGGUGGAGAUCCUAAUACAAAAGACAAUUCAGUAGGAAUUCAAUUACUAGGAAUUGUUCUUGCUAAUAAUUUACCUCCAUAUGAUCCAAAGUGUGAAAUAGAUAGUAUAAGUUAUUUCCAAGCUUUGUCUAACAACAUCGCUCUGAUAAGAUACAAGGAAGUAUAUGCUGCUGCCGCUGAAGUACUGGGACUCGUUCUUCAGUACAUUGCUGAGAAAGAAAAUACAUUUGAAGGUCCAGUUUAUGACAUGGUCAUAAAACAAUUAAAGCUGCAUCAGAAUACCAGAGAGGACAAAUUUAUUGUAUGCCUGAAUAAAAUCACAAAGAGCUUCCCUCCCCUUGCUGAUAGAUUUAUGAAUUUUGUGUUCUUUCUGCUACCAAAACUUCAUGGAGUAAUGAAAACUCAUUGUUUGGAAGUAGUCAUGUGCCGUGCUCAAGAAACAGCUGAUAUGUACUUAGAGUUGAAGAGUAAGGAAUUCACUCAAGUUAUGUGCCACAGAGAUGAUGAAAGGCAAACGAUAUGCUUAAAUAUUGUGUACAAGAUGUUACCUAAGCUGAAACCAGCUGAAGUAUUAGAACUACUUCCUUCAGUAAUGGGAUUCAUUUCUCAUCCUUCACCAUUAUGUCGGGGCCGAAUGUAUGAUGUGCUCAUGUGGAUCUACGAUAAUUACAGUGAUUCAGAAAGUCAAGCAGAUGAGGAAUCUUCACAAGUGCUGAAACUGGCAAAAGAAUGUUUACUUCAAGGACUGAUUGAUGAAAAUUCUGGACUACAAUUAAUUGUUAGGAAUUUUUGGAGUGAUGAAACUAGACUACCAACAAAUACUCUUGAUCGCAUGUUGUCCUUACUAAGGAGUUUGUACUCUGACAAAAUUGAAACUCAGUAUUUGAGUCUAGCUACAAAUUUUCUCCUUGAAAUGACAAGCAAAAGCCCAGAUUAUUCUAGGAAAAUGUUUGAAUAUCCGCUUUCAGAAUGUAAAUUUCAGGAUUUUGUAAUUGAUUCCAAUUGGCGGUAUCGAAGCACUAUUCUUACCCCGAUGUUUGUGGAGACUCAGACUUCUCAAAGUACUGUUACACAGGAAGGAUAUUUGGGCGGCCAACUAAGAGCUACUCAGCAACAAUUUGAAUUUACGCCCACCCAGAAUAUCAGUGGAAGAAGCUCUUUCAACUGGCUAAUAGGAAAUAGUGUUGACACCUUUGCAGACUCUACAAUUCCUUCCUCUUCUGAGUCAGUUUCCAUGUUGCUCAUUAACAAGCGUACAGACAGAUCUUACAAAACUGCAUUCAAACCAUUAAGUGCUAAUUUUGGAAAAAAACGACUGGGUUUGCCAGGAGAUGAAGUAGACAGCAAAACUAAAGGUACAGAUGAACACACAGAAAUUCUCAGACUACGGAGACGCUUCUUAAAAGAUCCAGUAAAGCUUAGUUUGAUCUACGCAAGAAAGGGUGUUGCUGAACAGAAACAAGAAAAGGAAAUAAAAACCCAGCUGAAGAUAAAGCAUGAUGCUCAGGUCACUUUGUACAGGAAAUACAGACAAGGAGAUCUCCCUGAUAUCCAGAUUGAAUAUAGUAGUCUAAUUACUCCCCUGCAGGUUGUGGCACAGAAAGAUCCCACAUUGGCUAAACAACUCUUCAGCAGCUUGUUUAGUGGAAUUCUGGAAGAAAUGAAAAAAUCCAAGCCUCUGGCUGAAAGAAAUAAUAUCAUCCAGCAACUGUUGCAUGACUUCAAUCACUUUUUAACCACAAGUGUGUUGUAUUUCCCACCAUUCAUAGCUUGCAUCCUGGAGAUGACUUAUCUGCACAAAGAGUUGUUAGAGCUCAAUUAUUACGGUGUAAGUACUAGUUGUUUAGCAAGUUUACAGCAACCAGUGGGCAUCCUCCUUCUUGAACAAGCUUUGGUUCACCUUUCUCCAGUGGAGCAGCAGCCUCCCUCCAAAAGAAUGCGUGGAAAGACAGAACUGUCACCUGAUGUGACCAGGUGGAUUGAACUUGCUAGGCUUUAUCGAUCUAUUGGAGAUUAUGAUGUUCUCCGGGGUAUUUUUAGUGGAAAAAUUGGAACAAAGGAAAAUACCCACAAUGCUUUGUUAGCUGAAGCAAAAAGUGAUUAUGCUGAGGCAGCUAAGCUGUAUGAUGAGGCACUCACUAAACAAGACUGGCCUGAUGAUGAGCCAACCGAAGCAGAAAAGGAUUUCUGGGAAAUUGCUUCUCUUGAAUGCUACAACCAUUUGACAGAAUGGAAAUCUCUGGAAUAUUGCUCGACUGUGAACAUUGAUAAUAGGCAACCAGCAGACCUAAAUAAAAUAUGGAGCGAUCCAUUCUACCAGGAGACCUAUUUACCCUAUGUAAUUCGCAGCAAGUUGAAGCUUCUCUUCCAUGGUGGCAGUGACCAGUCUUUACUGACAUUUAUUGACGAGGCUAUGAAAGCAGAAGAGAAGAAAGCUCUAAUAGAAAUGUAUUAUAGCCAAGAGUUGAGUCUUCUCUACAUUUUACAGAAUGAUUUCGCCAGAGCCAGAUAUUAUGUCAAAAAUGCCAUGCAAGUGUUCAUGCAGAAUUACUCCAAUAUUGAUUCACUAUUGUACCAUAGCCGUAUGAUCAAACUCCAGUCAGUUCAGGCUUUAACUGAAAUACAAGACUUCAUCAACUUUAUGAAUAAACCAAAGCAGGCUCGAUGCGAUGUCAUGCUGGACGUUCGGACGCUGCAACAACAUGGCUUCUGUCAACAUGGAGAAGAGCCAGUUCCACCCAUCCACUCGCAUACAACAUCUGGGUGCAGUCAUCGAUUCCACCCCCUGCCAGGUAUUUCUCUCCCCAGACUGCCUGACCAACCUGAGGAGCAGAGUGAAGCGCUGCCGUCAGAACAGGUCGGUGCCGAUAGUCCAUCUGUCCCAGCUCUUGGGGAUCAUGAUAUCCUGUCUGAAGGUGGUUCCCUGGGCCCAUCUGCAUGCCAGGGAACUGCAAUGUUUCUCCUUCCAAUGCAGAGAACGAAAAUCAGCAACUCCUACAGGCCCGUACGCCUCCCGAGGAAGGUGACCCGAUCCCUGGCCUGGUGGAGGUCCAAGGCGGUCACAAAAGGCUGUCUGUUCAAAGAACCAGAAAGCGUUGUUGUGACCACAGACGCCAGCCUUCUGGGGUGGGGCGCCCACUCUCAGGGUCAACUUGCCCAGGGCCAGUGGUCUCAGAGGGAGGCUGCCCACACAAUAACGCAUAAACUUUAUGAUUUUAUAUUCUGUUCUUACUGUUUCCUAUUGUGGUUUGUGAUCGUGAUCGCAAACCACAUUUCUCAUGUUAAAUUUCAGGUGAUAGCAGGGCUGAACAAGAAAGCUUUUCUUUGCUUCAGUGGAGCUGUGAAAAAAGCUGAAGAAGAGGUACAGUCCAUGUCAUUUGACCAUAUCGACAUAAAUGGAAUUAUUGUUGCUUAUAUGACAUUGGCUAAUUUCUGUGACAGCCAUCUUCGCAAAGAAGAACAAAAUUCAGCAGAUGUAAACACUGAGGAUUUGCAAAUAUUUCCAGCAAUUGUAGUGGAAAAAGUAAUAAAAGCUUUGAAACUAAAUUCAAAUGAAGCAAGGUUAAAAUUCCCCAGGCUGUUGCAAAUUGUAGAGAAGUAUCCAGAAAGGAUUUUGGAACUCAUGGCACAAGAGAUUUCUUCAAUUCCCUGCUGGCAAUUCAUUGGUUGGAUCAGCCAGUUGAUGGCAAUGCUGGAUAAGAAUGAAGCACCUGCCGUUCAGCAUACAGUAGAAGAAAUUGCUUCUAGUUACCCACAAGCAAUAGUGUAUCCCUUCAUGAUCAGCAGUGAAAGCUUUUCUUUCCCCAAAACUGCCAUAGGUCAUAAAAAUAAGGACUUUGUAGAAAGAGUGAAAAGCAACUUGUAUGAAGGAAGAGUGAUCCAAGAUUUUGUCCAUUCCUUGGAACAGCUUUCUAAUCCAGCAAUACUAUUCAAGGAUUGGAUUGAAGAUGUCCAAAAUGAGCUGGGAAAAACUAAGAAAAAUACAAAUAACAUUCAGCAAUUGUAUGAUGGGAUGUACCAAAACCUUGGAAAUUUAGAUGCUCCUGGUCUUGGGUGGUUCAGAAAGCAAUUUAUUAAUGAAUUUGGAAGGGAACUUGAUAAUCAUUUCGGAAAAGGAGGUUCAAAACUGCUAGAUAUGAACACCAGCAUCUUCAGUAAAGUUGCACUCUCUCUCUGGGCAAAGAUGAAGAAAUGUGAGAAAGAACCUGGGAAUCUAAAGGAGUGCUCCCCUUGGAUGAGUGAAUUCAAACCAGAAUUCUUGAGGACUGAACUGGAAAUCCCUGGUCAGUAUGAUGGUAAAGGAAAGCCAUUGCCGGAAUAUCAUGCAAAAAUUUCUGGAUUUGAUGAGCGGAUAAAAGUAAUGGACUCCAUCCGGAAACCAAAACGUAUAGUUAUCAGAGGCAAUGAUGAGCGGGAAUAUCCCUUUCUUGUGAAAGGAGGAGAAGACCUCAGGCAAGACCAACGCAUUGAGCAGCUCUUUGAAGUUAUGAAUAACAUUCUUUCACGAGAUGCUGCCUGCAGCCAAAGAAACAUGCAGAUAAAAACCUAUCAAGUUAUACCAAUGACGACCAGAUUGGGACUGAUUGAAUGGCUUGAGAAUACCUAUACAUUAAAAGAGUUCCUUUUGAAAAACAUGUCUGAACAGGAAAAGACUCGUUAUAAUAGCCCCGAAGGUCCUCGUGCCGACUAUAAUGAUUGGCUGCACAAGAUGGGGGAAAGAGAUGGAAUUGAACGUUACAUGACUAUGUUCAAAAGAGCUAGCCGAACAGAAACAGUGAUGUCGUUCCAGCGUCGAGAAAACCGUGUUCCUGAAGAUUUGCUAAGGAAAGCCUUUGUUAAAAUGAGUACAACUCCAGAAGCCUUGCUGUCUCUGCGAUCUCAUUUUGCCAGCACCCAUGCACUGCUGUGCAUCAGCCACUGGAUUCUUGGCAUUGGUGAUCGACACUUAUCAAAUUUCAUGAUCAGUACCGAGACUGGAGGCUUGGUGGGAAUAGACUUUGGACAUGCGUUUGGUUCAGCAACACAGUUUCUGCGACUUCCAGAAUUGAUGCCUUUCCGCUUGACUCGACAAUUUGUUAAUUUGAUGCUGCCAAUGAAAGAAUCUGGUCUUAUAUACAGUGUGAUGGUACAUUCCUUAAGGGCCUAUCGUAUAAAUCAAGAUGUACUCAUUAAUACAAUGGAUAUAUUUGUAAAGGAACCUUCUUUGGAUUGGAAAAAUUUUGAAUGGAAACAGUUGAGAAAAGGAGGUACAUGGACUAAGGAAAUAAAUACAGACAAAGUGAAUUGGUAUCCUCUACAAAAAGUAAACUUUGCAAGAAGAAAGUUGGCAGGGGCUAAUCCAGCUGUCAUUACCUGUGAUGAAUUACGUUUGGGCCAUGAGAAAUCGGAGGCUUUCAAGGAAUAUAUGUCUGUAGCACAAGGGAGCAAACAAUCCAACAUCCGUGCCAGAGAACCACAGGAUGGACUUGCAGAAGAAAUACAAGUGAAAUGCCUUAUUGAUCAAGCUACUGACCCAAAUAUCCUUGGCAGAACUUGGGAAGGAUGGGAACCCUGGAUGUAAAGGACAAAGUUGUGGCUUAUCCGUGUUUAAUUGAACUGGAGAUGAAGGCUAAAAGGACUGGAUAUUAUUUUUUAUAACCAAAAAGUAUUAAAGCAUAUAUUUCAAAUUAUAAUGUAGCAAUAUAAUUUUUUAUAUUUCUUGGCAUUUCUGUAAACUGAUUUUCAAAUUAAGUAAUGUGGGAAAUCUUGAAUUAUGCACGUUUUAAAAGUAUAUAUUAAAUUGCUGGUUUUAAUGAAAGAUACCCAAAAUUAUUACUCAAAAAGUUAGAAAAAUCUAGUAAGAAUUAGUUAUUAUAUUAACAAUGAAUAUUAAAUAAAUCUGUGAUACACUGAAUUGA